UGGUCGGGUCCGCUCGCGCUGCCCGUGGCCCGGCGUCGCGAGUUCCCGCUUUCCCGCGUCCGCCCGCCCCUCCCUCCCAAGGCGGCUCCGCGCUCGCCUCGGCCUCCCGCGCCCUCCCCCUUCCCCCGGCUCGGCCCCGGCGCGGCGCGGCGGCCCCAUGGCGUACAGUCAGGGCGGCGGCAAGAAGAAAGUCUGCUACUACUAUGACGGUGAUAUUGGAAACUAUUACUAUGGACAAGGGCAUCCAAUGAAACCUCAUAGGAUCCGAAUGACUCACAACUUGCUGCUUAAUUACGGCUUGUACAGAAAAAUGGAAAUUUAUCGGCCCCACAAAGCUACUGCUGAAGAAAUGACCAAGUACCAUAGUGAUGAAUACAUAAAAUUUCUCCGAUCAAUAAGGCCUGACAACAUGUCAGAGUACAGCAAGCAGAUGCAGAGAUUUAAUGUUGGAGAAGAUUGUCCUGUAUUUGACGGCCUGUUUGAAUUUUGUCAGCUGUCAACCGGAGGCUCUGUUGCUGGGGCGGUAAAAUUAAACAGACAACAGACUGACAUGGCUGUUAAUUGGGCUGGAGGACUUCAUCAUGCUAAGAAGUCAGAGGCAUCUGGUUUCUGUUACGUCAAUGAUAUUGUGCUUGCUAUCCUUGAGUUACUGAAGUAUCACCAAAGAGUGUUAUAUAUUGAUAUUGAUAUCCAUCAUGGUGACGGUGUUGAAGAAGCAUUUUAUACCACUGAUCGUGUCAUGACAGUAUCAUUCCAUAAGUACGGUGAAUAUUUUCCAGGCACAGGGGACCUUAGGGACAUUGGUGCUGGAAAAGGCAAAUACUAUGCUGUCAAUUUUCCAAUGAGGGAUGGUAUAGAUGAUGAAUCAUAUGGACAGAUAUUCAAACCAAUUAUAUCCAAAGUAAUGGAGAUGUACCAGCCUAGUGCUGUGGUAUUACAGUGUGGAGCAGAUUCAUUGUCUGGUGACAGACUGGGAUGCUUUAAUCUUACUGUUAAAGGUCAUGCUAAAUGUGUCGAAGUUGUCAAGACUUUUAACUUGCCAUUGCUCAUGUUAGGAGGAGGAGGAUAUACUAUUCGUAAUGUUGCUCGAUGUUGGACAUACGAAACUGCUGUUGCAUUAGACUGUGAAAUUCCUAAUGAGUUGCCGUACAAUGAUUACUUUGAGUAUUUUGGACCAGACUUCAAACUUCAUAUUAGUCCAUCAAAUAUGACUAACCAGAAUACACCAGAAUAUAUGGAGAAGAUCAAGCAACGCUUAUUUGAAAACUUGCGCAUGUUACCUCAUGCACCUGGUGUCCAGAUGCAGGCCAUUCCUGAAGAUGCUGUUCAUGAAGAUAGUGGAGAUGAGGAUGGAGAAGAUCCAGACAAACGUAUUUCUAUUCGAGCAUCUGAUAAGCGCAUAGCUUGUGAUGAAGAGUUUUCUGAUUCUGAAGAUGAAGGGGAAGGUGGACGACGAAAUGUUGCAGAACAUAAGAAAGGAGCAAAGAAAGCCAGAAUAGAAGAAGAUAAGAAAGAGACUGAGGACAAAAAAGCAGAUGUUAAGGAGGAGGAUAAAUCCAAGGACAGCAGCGGUGAGAAGACAGACACCAAAGGAGCAAAAUCAGAACAACUCAGCAAUCCUUGAAUAAAAGAUAGCCUCACAUCAGUUGCAGAACAUAAUACUAGAGUUGGAGAAUACCUAAAAGAAGAAAAGUUUUCGUAUCGAGAGAGACUGCUGAUUUCAUUUUGUACUAUUUGGCAUGGACCGUAUUUAUUUUCAAACGGCUUUGUUCUGGUUUUUGGCAAGUUGUAUUGUGAGUUUUCUAAUUAUGAGGCAGAAAUUCCUUUCUUCACCAUGCUUUAUGUAAUAGUAUUUAAAAAAUGGAUGUGAGUUAUUAUGUUAAAUGUCUAAACUGAUCUAUUAAAGUAAUUUGCCUUUCCUGAGCUGAUUUUACCUUUUUUGU